UCGAUCCGACAAAUUAAUGAGCCAAUGAAAAGGUUUAGAUUAGUGAAGAAGCUACACGCUAACACUACACUCUAAGCUAUAUAAACCCUAUUUAGCUCUUCAUUUUGGCCCUCAUUUCUCCCCACUAAUCGUCACCUCCGCCUCCACCUCUCUUUCGUUAGCGCAUCUCCGGUUUUGUGUUGCACACCAGAUGUCUGUUAGCAUCAACCAGAAGCAUCACUACUUUGUUUGGGCUGCAUUGAAUCGAAGAAGACCUUGGUGCUCUGGAAAGAUAUUGUUUCGGCAUUGGACUUGACACUACAUAUAUGCUCUCUUACAUUCUUUAGUUAUAAUUUGAUUCACUGAGACCUACUAGUGCCGUGUUUUUUCAAUUUAAUUUGGCUGUGCGGUUUUUUUACCAUUUUCGAAUGGCGAAGCUUCCACCAGGGUUUCGCUUUCACCCUACUGAUGUUGAGCUGACAAUGUACUAUCUCAAGCGGAAGAUUAUGGGGAAGAAAAUCCCUUUUGAAGCCAUAUCGGAACUCAACAUUUACAAGUUCUCCCCAUGGGAUCUUCCAGUUCUUCUUCCAGACAAAUGUUGCUACAAAAGUAAAGAUCUUGAAUGGUAUUUCUUUUGCCCAAGAGAGAAAAAGUAUGCUAGUGGAGCCAGGAUGAAUCGUGCUACUGAAACUGGAUACUGGAAAACUACUGGCAAGGAUAGACCUGUUCUUUACAAUGAAAAGAUUGUUGGAUCUGUUAAGACUUUGGUUUUCCACAAGGGUAAUGCACCGCGAGGGCAGAGAAUGGAUUGGGUUAUUCAUGAGUAUAGAUUUGAAGAUAAAGAUAUGGCAGAUACAGGAAUUCCUCUGGACACUUACGUGCUUUGCAAAGUAUUUAAGAAGAGCGGACCAGGUCCCAAAAAUGGAGCACAGUAUGGAGCACCAUUUAAGGAGGAAGAUUGGGAAGAUGAUGAGGCUCCUGCUGAACACAAUCCCUCCAGUAUUCCUUCUUUACCUCUACCUAACCAUCAAACCUGCUCAAUUGUGACCUGCAUGGUUGACCCAGGAACUCCAUCUGGGUGUACUUUUACUGAAAUGCAUCCACCUUUUACUCAGCCUUCCAUACAUGAGAUGUCUACUGAACCUAAUUCAUCCAAUGUAACUCCUGUACCUGCAAUGCCUGCCAACCUAAGCUGCUCUGUUUUUACCACCAUGGUUGACCCAGGAAACAAAUCUCUUUGGCCUUCAACUGCACUAGUCCCAUCUUCCGCUGAGCUCUUCGGUCAGAAAAUGCCUCAGGACGUGGAGGAUGACAUCUUUCAUCUCUUUGACAAUUUCACUGAAGAUCCUGCUAUAUUUCCUGUUGGAAAUGUGAAUAAUCUGGGUCCUAACGAUAUGAAUCUUGAAGCGGCAUCUUUCAUUGAUGAGAAUGAUAUCUACAACGGUCUUGAGAGCCUUGACAACUGUGUAGAACUAGAUCAAACAACAUUUGAUCUUUCCGUAACUCAGGGAACUGACUGUAGUCAUAACCCCAUGUUUUUCCAAGAUGUUCCCUAUUUGGAGCUCAAAGAUCUUGAAAUCCCUCUGAGUCACUCUGCUGAAACAUUUGAAACGGCACGAGUAAUGAUGGGCGAUUUCUGUGUACCACAUAGUUCUGAUGUUGAAAUGCGACAGUUCUGUUAUGGAAGCAAUUCUUCAGAGAGAAGUCAACCAGUUGCCGAACAAAAUCAGCUGCAUGAUCUCCCUGAACAUUACGUCCAGCAAGUUAUUCGUUCUGAUUUGGUAAAUUGUAAUGUAGCUAAUGUGAAUCAGGGAUAUAAUGCUCCAUACCCUACUGAUUUUAGUUCUCGCAAGCAACCAGUGGACAGUAGAUACACUGCUCAAAACCAGGAAAGAGGUGAGCAGCAAAGAAAGAUUUUCUCUUGCAUGUAUGCUCAUUCUGCUUCAAAUUCUGUUUGUGCUGGCUUCUCCAUACAUGCCAAGGCUGAGGUGAUUCUUUGGAUUGAUGGAUGCACUGACGACGCCUUGCUAGCUGUUUUGGGAGAUUCUAGUACUGGUCUUACCUACCAGUCGGCUGUUAAUAAGGCAGAUAAGGAAGGGUGUGAUUGUUGCUAUGACUUUACAACUUUCUUCUUCUUUGGGAUUAAUUUAGCUUGCAUUCUUGUUUCUCUCUUGAACUUUGUUGGACAAUUCCUUUUGGAGUUGAAUUUAGUAAUUCAACCUUUUUAUUGAGACAGCAUCAAAUGAAUUCAAGUGAUUGGUCUUCUA